CACACUUUUGCAUAAGUGCAUAAGCAUAUUAUAUGCAUAACGAAUGUGAUUAAUCCAUUUUCUUGUGCAUUUGCUUAUAGACCAAUCAAAUUCGUUAUGCAUAUAUGCUUAUGCACUUAUGCAAAAGUGUGUGCUCCCCGCUUAACGUUGCGCAUGAACCAGUAGAGAUAUUUGAAAAGUGUUUGAUAAUUGUAAUCUACUGUGAUUAAAAUAGUUUUGGCAUAACAACUGCGACGGUCCGUAAACUAAUUAGUUUCACUUCGUUACCAAUUCAUUGCACAUACAAGGCUUUCUCUAAAAUAACUGUUCUCCAAUCGAUAUCGACAGUUCAAGUACAAGAUGCUGCUGCAGAGGUUAUAUCGUGUUGUAAACUCUAGUAGGAUUCUUCAAAGAGCAGUUGUGCUAAAAAGUAUUUAUCCAGCACUUAAGAAGGAGAGUAAUAUGCAAAUUAUCAGAAAGUUAACAAUAAUAUCGCCGUUUACUGCAAUGGGAAUAUGGGGAGUUGCAAAAAACAAUGAUGAGGACAAAACGAAGGAACUUCUCAGUGAAGCAGAUGCGCGUUUUGAUCGUGGAGACUAUAAAAGUCUGUAUGAUCUUCUGUCAAAAUAUAAGGACAGUAAGGAUGUUGAAAUUUUGUGGCGUUUAAGCAGAGCCAUUUAUAAAAUGUCUGAAAUGGCCAGUGACGUUGAGGCACGAAAAUUAAUUUAUGAAGGACACGAUUUGUUACGUACGGCUCUUGAUAUUCAAGAAGACCACUAUGCUGUGCAUAAGUGGAUAUCGAUAUUUCUUAAUAGUAAGAGUAUUCUGGAAGGUACAAAAGCUCACAUAAGAGAAUCGUACAAUAUUAAGAAACAUAUGCAGAGAGCGUUGGAAUUAAAACCCGGUGACGCGAUGCUGCUCUACAUGCUUGGAUGUUGGUGCUACGAGAUUUCGAAUCUGGCAUGGUAUCAGCGAAAAAUCGCAUCCGUCGUAUUUGGAGAACCACCGACUUCGUCCUUCGAAGAAGCAUUGAUGUAUCACGAGAAUGCCGAGAAAGCUGAUCCAAAUUUCUACAGUCUCAAUUUGUUAAUGUUAGGAAAGACAUACAUGAAAUUGGAUCGUAAGGAAGACGCGAUAAAAUAUUUGAAAAAAGCUGCCGAAUUUCCCGCGAAGAAUGACGAGGAUCAGAAAGCAAAGCAGGAGGCACAAAAACUGUUAAGUAGUAUUUGAAAAUGAUAAAAUGCAGCUAUCAAGCUGCAGAUAAACAGCUUUAAACUACGCUCUUUUAUAUAAGAAAGAAUUAGUUUGUUCAACGUUCUUGUUAGUUGAGAAGUAAAUUAAGUAUAAUAUUGUGAUACAAAAUGACUAGAUAUACAUACCAGAGUUGUAAACCGAACCGAACCAUUGAAGUGUAUUCGCUCCGAGAGAACGGAUCAAAAUUUCAAUUAUAAAAUCGGUCCGAUGCAGAGCGAACCGGUUUUGGAGCGGUUUCUUUAUUUAAAAAGGAUUUAAUUUAUUUAAAAAGAUUUACCACAUUUGAGUCUUUGCCACAUAGCUGGAGAGGUGGUAAAUGUGCAAAUAUCAACAGUUCGGUUUGAUUUGCAUUCCAAGUUCUAAAUAAUUUACUCCAUUCAUCCGGUUUUCGGAGCGGUUUUUAAACUCUAACCGGUUCAAAACCGCUCCAAGAACGUAUUUAUGCUCCGGUUUACAAUCUUAUUUGCUCCGUUCUCUCGUAGCGUAUAACUUCAAUGGUUCGAUUCGGUUCGGUUCGGUUUACAUCCCAAGUGCCAAAUAAUUUACUCCUUAAAUUCAUCCGAUUUUCGGAGCAGUUUUUAAAUUCGAACCGGUUCAAAACCACUCCAAAGAACGUAUUUUUGCUCCGGUUUACAACCCUGAUACAUACAUACACAAUUAUCAUGACCGUGCCACAAUUAUGUAAUUGAUAUGUUUACUACAAGUAUUAUGUGCACACACACAUAUAUAUAUAUAUAUAUAUAUAUAUAUAUAUAUCAUAUUUUUGUAUAUUUGUAUGGUUGUAGGUGGGAACUAAUAAUAUAUUUUAUAUAAAAAUUUACAGAAAGUUAACAAAUGUGACAAAACUGGUUAUGUCAAUGAUAUUUAUUUUACUUUAUAUCAUUAUAAAGAUGUUACAUAUUUUAUUUCAUAGAUCAUUUUAUAUAUUUACGAUUUUUACGUAGAGAUCAUAAUAAUAUAUUUUAUAAAAGUGACAGAAAACUAAUAAACGUUACGAAGCUAAUUAUGUCAAUGGUAUUCAGUUUACAAGUAUGUACUAUAUCUUACAAUUUACUUUACAAUAUAUACUGAUGAUUAUGUGACGAUAGAAAAUUAUUUAAACAUUUUCUUUUGUACAAGAUUGCUCCGUUUACAUCAGAUAAUCAUUACGAUCGCAUUCUCGUAAAAAUACACUUUGUAUUUUUUUGUAAAUAAAAUGUCUCUUUUAGAUUUGGC